AUGAAUAAUACAGAGGUUUUUUUCUAUUUAUUUGUGCUAAUCCUUCGGAAUUUUGAAUUUAUAAAUGCGACACUUUGUGGGAAUAGAAACGGAACUUCUUGCUGUUCUGGGUACUAUUGGGACGAAAUACAAAAGCGUUGUAUACCCUGUAAGGUUGGUUACUUUGGACGAAACUGCGACACCAAGUGUGUCUACCCAUCAUAUGGAAACGACUGUCAGUCAACAUGCAACUGUAAAGAUACAUACUGUCACCAUGUAGAAGGCUGUACAAAUUUAACAGGAGGAAACAUUUGUAAAGGGCAAACAGGCGCUAAAAUCUGUUGCAUUGGAUUUAAGUGGAAUAAAGAGGAGACGACAUGCAUACCUUGUGACAGGGGGUACAGUGGACAUAACUGUGAGGAUAUGUGUAAUUUCCCUACGUAUGGUGUGGACUGUCAGUCAAUGUGUAACUGUACAGAGACACAAUGCGAUCCUGUCGAUGGGUGUAAAGAACAUUCAUCAAAAUAUGAAACGCAGAUGCGAGAUAGCCCCACAAAAGCUGUUAACACAGAAGUUUUAUCGACGAAUAGAAAGCAGUCAAUGUUAAUGAUGGGAAUCGGUGUUCCUGCAGCAGUUGCUUUGUUCAUCGUUCUUGCUAUAUUUUUUACCUACCGGCUGGAAAACACCAAUAAAGAGAACGACUCCAAUAUUUACUACAGCAUCAAAUAAUGACUAUUUUCCGAAAAUUAUUUUGCUAUGCAGAUGAUAUGUGUCAUUUAGUUUUUCGCUUCUGUCCUUCGUCGUCUUGUUGCUAAUACAUAAACAUUCAUGUUUUAUUGAACUUUUAAAGUAGAUUGAUAUUGGUUGACUUAUUAAUCAAGUUUACUGUUUAUUGUACCAUGAUUAAUAAAAAA